CUGUUACGAAUGUGACGUACAUUCCGGCCGCCAACACGAACAGCGCUUUUUCGCGGUAAAAUGAAACAGGCAUCAGGUUGACCAUUAUUAUUUAGUUUCUGCUGUCUAACAGCGAACCGCCUGUAGGUAGUAUUUAGAAGCCGUGUAGUUAAAACAAAACUAGGGUCGGCGGCAUUGUCGCGAAGUAAGAGUAAAGCUAACGUUAGCAGCUAUUAUCACAACAUUGGCGCUUUUGACGUUUUCCACAACGUAGUAACUGUGUAUCAUAAAACCAUGUCGCUAGUAACUACAGAGAGCUUAAAGACUGAGCUGGAAAUAUUCGAUAUACCCUAUCAAGAUGAUUCCGUCCUCGAUAAAAUGGUGGAGCAGUGUAUUUGUAACAGACUGCAGGCACAAGAGAUACUGCAUGCGUGGGUUGCCUAUAGCGCCACAAAACAAGGCGUGAAGCUCACCACGGACACUCUGGAGCAGUUUGAACAUGAGGUUUUGAACAAGAGGAUCAAAUCCAGAAAAACCUCCCGAAAGGAAGAAGCAGCCAGUAGAAUGAGAAACAUUAGCAUGAUUGAUGAUUUAAUAAAAGCUGAGGAAGAGGAGGAGGAUCUCUUAGAUUCUUACUCUACUCCUGCUAAGGGCUCUCAGAAACGACCUCUGACGACACCAGAGCGUCCUCAUUCAAAGAGAACUGCAGCUCUGAUGGCCAGCCCGAGCAUACUGCUGUCUCCAGCCAGCUUCUCUCCCAAUGCGACACCCUCACAGAAGUACAGCCAGCGGGGAGGAAAGGGAGAGGUGGUGGCCACGUUUGGGGCUGUGCAGGGCACCCGUUGGGUGGGCAGGAAAGAUCCAGGUGCAGGCGUCCAAGUUGAGAUAUUGGAAGGACCGGAAGAUUCCCUUAACAGCAGCUACAAAUACAUGUUCCAGAGGCUGCGAGAUGUUCGAAACGUGUUGACAGAGAAGAUUGAGGAGCUAGGAGAAGGACUCAGGACUCACUUCAGCAUUGAGGAGUUCUCCCCCGUCUCUCUGCCUGCCCAGGACAGUAUAACUGUGCUAGGACAGAUUUGCUGUGACAGUAAUGGCAAACUGAAUGCACAGUCAGUUCUGCUAGAGGCUGGACCAGAACAAGGCGGUCAGCAAGUACCUGUUGACCUAUCGGAGCUUAAAGAGUAUUCCCUUUUUCCUGGUCAGGUGGUGGUGAUGGAGGGUAUGAACACUACAGGAAGAAAACUGGUGGCUUCCAAAUUCUACGAGGCUGUUCCUCUGCCGUUCUACAGUUCUGACAUGAAAAUGGAGACAGAUGAGGAGCCACUGAAUGUACUGGUGGCCUGUGGACCGUACGCUCCCUCUGACAGUCUGACCUUUGACCCCCUGCUGGACUUAAUCAAUGUUAUUGUCAGGGAUCGUCCUGAUGUCUGCCUGCUGCUGGGCCCAUUUGUGGAUUCCAAACAUGAACAGAUUGAGAAAGCCCAGGUGACUGACACUUUUGAGAACAUUUUCACCAGAUGCAUUGAAAGCAUUGUGGAUGGGACCAGAAGUGUUGGCUGUCAGCUGGUGUUUGUGCCUUCUCAGAGAGACAUCCACCACCAUUUCAUCUACCCACAGCCUCCGUUCAGCCUGCCCCACCCCAGCAAAGAACAGACCCAGCGUGUCACCCUGGUCCCUGACCCCUGCACCCUUGUGAUUGACGGGGUGACUAUUGGCUUGACAUCAACUGACAUCCUCAUCCACAUGGGUGCAGAGGAAAUCAGCUGUGGAAGCGGCUCAGACAAAUUCUCACGUAUACUGAAGCACAUGCUCACACAGCGGAGUUACUACCCACUGUAUCCGCCUGCGGACGAGGUAAAUAUGGAUUAUGAGAAGUUCCAGAGCUUCGGCCAAAUGCCGCUCACCCCCGACAUCCUUGUUGUUCCCUCUGAAAUGCGCUACUUUGUAAAGGACGUGGUCGGCUGUGUGUGUGUCAACCCUGGACGGCUGACCAAAGGCCAGGUGGGCGGGACGUACGGGCGGCUGCUCAUCCAGCGCAGCCCUCAGUCAGAAGACGGGAAGAGGGUGAGCCCAUGUUUGACUGCUCAGGUGGUGAAAAUCUAACAAGAGUGC